UUUGUGCUUAAAAAGUAUACAACUUUUUAUUUUUCGAAAAAAAUGACAGAUCGUUUUGCUAGACCCUUCUACCCAGGAUCGUUUAGAGCCCUUUGAGGCUGCAUUUAAACUACAUUUUGGAAGUUCAAAAUCGGGGCACCAAUGAAGUCCAUUAUAUAGAGAAAAAUCCUGAAAUGCUUUCCUCAAAAACCAUAUGUUCUUCACGACUGAAGACAGAAAGACAUAAACAUCUUGGAUGAUAAGGGUUUAGUUUGCAAAAACUAGAAACCCCCAAGGAUGGGAGAAACCAGUGUAGACGAAGCCAAAAUGACAGACUCUCCAGGUGGAAACACGUCCAAUAAGAGUGAAAAAAAGGCAGAGGGAAACUCUUUCUUUAGCUGGCUGUUGGUGCUGGCUAUGCUGGGGGCUUGGUUGUCUGUAGGUGUCGUGUGGUUUGACCUUGUUGACUACAACAGUGUGGUUGGUGCUCUUGGAGGAGUAUAUGAUGCUGACGGCGAUGGAGACUUUGAUGUAGAAGAUGCCAAAGUUUUGUUGGAAAAUGCUACUGUGGCUACUAAGGAAAAAACCUUAAGAAAAAAUAUCACAACGGAGGGAGACCGUAUCCAAGCAAGCCAUCCCAAGCUUACAUCAGAUGAGAAACCUAAAGAUGUGGGACUUAAAAAAGACAAAGAACAUCCUACCAGGGAUAUUGGGCGCAAGCUGAAAGCAGCUCUGAAGGAGCAGCUACGAAUUAUUCAUGAGAAGAUUGAAGCCAAAAAGAUUGCCAAACUAGCCCUCGCUGAGGUCCGUAGUGUUUUGGCUCAAGAGGAAGAGGAGAGACAAGCUGCUCUUGCUGCCAAAAAGGUCAAAGAAGAGACAGAAGCUAAGCUUCAACAGGAACGAAUAAAAAGAGAACAAGGGGAGAAACUAGUCAAGGAGAAAGCAGAGAGAGAAAGGAUGGAGAAAGAAAAAGCAGAAAAAGAAAGACUGGCCAAAGAAAAGUCAGAAAAAGAGAAACUCGCUAAAGAAAAAUUGGAGAAAGAGAAGGCAGAAAAGGAAAAACUUGAGAAAGAAAAGGCAGAAAAAGAAAAAGUGGUUAAAGAAAAAGCAGAAAAAGAAAGACUGGCCAAAGAGAAGACAGAAAAGGAAAAACUUGAGAAAGAAAAGGCAGAAAAAGAAAAAGUGGUUAAAGAAAAAGCAGAAAAAGAGAGACUGGAGAAAGAAAAAGCAGAAAAAGAAAGACUGGCCAAAGAAAAGGCAGGAAAAGAAAAACUGGUGAAAGAGAAGGCAGAAAAGGAAAAACCUGAGAAAGAAAAGGCAGAAAAAGAAAAACUGGCUAAAGAAAAAGCAGAAAAAGAAAGAUUGGAGAAAGAGAAAGCAGAAAAAGAAAGACUGUCCAAAGAAAAGGCAGAAAAAGAGAAACUCGCUAAAGAAAAAGCAGAAAAAGAGAGACUGGCUAAAGAAAAAGCGGAAAAAGAAAGAUUGGAGAAAGAGAAAGCAGAAAAAGAAAGACUGACCAAAGAAAAGGCAGAAAAAGAAAGACUGGCCAAAGAAAAGGCAGAAAAAGAGAGAUUGGCUAAAGAAAAAGCAGAAAAAGAGAGAUUGGCUAAAGCAAAAGCGGAAGAAGAAAGAUUGGAGAAAGAGAAAGCAGAAAAAGAAAGAUUGGAGAAAGAGAAAACAGAAAAAGAAAGAAUGGCCAAAGAAAAGGCAGAAAAAGAGAGAUUGGCUAAAGAAAAAGCGGAGAAAGAAAGACUGGAGAAAGAAAAAGCAGAAAAAGAAAGAUUGGAGAAAGAGAAAACAGAAAAAGAAAGACUGGCCAAAGAAAAGGCAGAAAAAGAAAGACUGGCUAAAGAAAAAGCGGAGAAAGAAAGACUGGAGAAAGAGAAAGCAGAAAAGGAAAGACUGGCCAAAGAAAAGGCAGAAAAAGAAAGACUGGAGAAAGAAAAGGCAGAAAAAGAGAGACUUGCUAAAGAAAAAGCAGAAACAGAGAGACUCGAGAAAGAAAAGGCAGAAAAAGAAAGACUGGCCAAAGAAAAAGCAGAAAAGGAGAGACUUGAGAAAGAGAGAACAGAAAAAGAAAGACUUGAAAAAGAAAAAGCAGAAAAAGAAAGACUGGCCAAAGAAAAAGCAGAAAAAGAAAGACUUGAGAAAGAAAAGGCAGAAAAGGAAAGAAUUGAGAAAGAGAGAGCAGAAAAAGAGAGACUCACUAAAGAAAAAGCAGAAAAAGAAAGACUAGCUAAAGAAAAGGCAGAAAAAGAAAGACUUGAGAAAGAAAAGGCAGAAAAGGAAAGAACUGAGAAAGAGAAAGCAGAAAAAGAAAGACUGGCCAAAGAAAAGGAAAGAACUGAGAAAGAGAAAGCAGAGAAAGAAAGACUGGCCAAAAUAAAAGAGAGUGCACCAAAGGGGCAAACAGAGAAAGCUGUAAAGGAGGACAGGGAACAUGUGAACAGUUCCAAACAAGAAAAAGAGGCAAAAUUAAAUAAAAAGGCUCAUGGACAAAAAGCUGAUAAAUCAGAAAAUGAAAAAGACUCCGAUGAUGAAAAGAAUACCAAAGAUGAGAAAAUAUCUACUCGUGGUUUACUUAAAUCUUCAAAAAAAAAUACCAAGAAAUAAAAGUAAACCGCCAUAACUGUGAGAUUUGAUUGAAAACAAAAAGCUCCUAAGGCAUUUACUAGGAACAGCGCUGGAAAGUAAAUAACUAAACUUUUUUUCUCUAGUGUGACAGUAUUCAGCUGUUCAAAACGGUAACAAGCUACUUUUUCGAACAAGUAGUGGUGUAGUGUAAUAAAACAUUACAUUGCUGUUGGUCCCAUGGUACAGCUGAGUGAAGGAGGUAAUAACCCAACUGUCUAUUCACUGUGUUGGGAAGUUUAACAUGACAUCUUCGAUCCAGCAAGCCAGUGGUUUUUUAACCCUGUUUCUAGAGCCCUCUCCAACCAUUCACAGUUUGCAUUUCUCCUUAAUCAAACACAUCCGAUUAAGGUCGUCACCUCAUUAGUAGAGACACCUAGAUCUGAAAUGGGACACAUUCAAAAUGUGCAGUAUUGGGGGACUCCAGGAAUGGAAAGCCUCUGCGAUAAGUGAUUUAGUCUGCACAGAAAUGCAGGCUGCAUUUUAAAAAUAUUUUGUGUGUUAUAGAAAUGAAGUGUAUUUUAAUAAUUUUACUCUGUGAAUACUUGUUAAUAUUUAUUAUACUACGUUUUUGUGCCAGACAAAAAUUGCUCUAGCUGCAAAAUUAAAUAUCAAUUGAAAGUUAUAUAUUUAUAAAAUUGAUACUCUUAGCUUCAAUAUAGUUAGCAGGUUUUUGUUUGUAGCUUGUACUAUAGCUAACUACUUUUUUAAGGAUAUCUUGAUUGCACACUAAUUAGGGCUCCUUUACACAUGGCAUUAAUCUGCUUUUCAGAAUCGAAUCUCAAUUUUGACCUUACUAAAAGCCAGGUGAAGUAAAUGCACGUAAGAUACAUUAUUGCAUCAUGAUCGGAUGUCUCAAACCACAAAACAAUUUGGUGGUGGUCUUGUUUAGGGUAGAUUUUUGACCCCUUUUUAAUGAAUAUGUGACUGCAUAAUCAUAAUACUUACCUGUUUCCCUGACCAGUAUAGAGAGUCUCAGAUGCCCCCUCAUAUUUCCAGAAAGUACAAUGAUCUUGAAAAAGAAAGAAAAGCAGCCCAGUCAUGACUCCAUGUAUCCUAGGACAUUAUCUUCAAAAAAAAAAAAAAAAAAAAAAAAAAAAAAAAAAAAAUCUAUCAAUACUAAUUAGUAUGGAUUUUUUUUUUGAUGCCCACUGAUGAUAUCUUAGAGAGCAAGGUGGUAUAAUAGCUUCAAUAUAAUAACUAGAUAAGAGCUGUUAAGACAGUAAACUAAUUAAGACCUGGUUCUGACACUUAUCAGCCAAACAGAAAAACUAACACCUAAUACCGAUAAUUUAAAAAAUGCCAAUCAAAUUAUAUAUUGGCCUUGGUGAUAUAUCAUUUGACCACUGCUUAUAACCACAAAAACACUACUGUUUGAUAUGUAAACAAAUACAUUUACAUGUUUGCAUUACAUAAUCAGUUAAGUACAUAUUGUUUUCAUGAUGUAGUAAACAGUAGCUCACCAUUGCUCUUGCAGUGUAGAGCUUGACACAAAACACGAGUCAAGACAUUUGACAGAACAGCUCAGAGACGUGCUAAAAUGGCAUGGUCGCUUCAGCAAAUGCGUUUAUCUCACAUAUGCUUUUGUCGGUUAGAUUUAAGGUAGAGUGUAGUGUAUCCUGUAGUGUAGCGGUACGUUAUUUUAAUAUACGUAACAGACCAUUAAGCUUUCUGAACUGAAAUGUACAACAAACGAGGUGCCACGUUCAUCUGUUUCAGAGAUGAUCAAAUACACUUCUAGCACCACUCACUAAACAUUUUGCUUUGGAAGUGGUGCAAAACAAUAUCUUUCCAAUGAGCCAAUUAGGUUCUGCAAUCCUUAUUAAUAACAAUUACAUCCUUUAUUGUAGAAACGUUUGAAUGAAAGGAAACGGAAACCAGAUUUUUUAGUUUAUUUUUGACUUAUUUUUUACCUGUUAAAAUUACAACAUUUUAAAAAUUAAGUAAAUAAUGGAAACAUUUUACUUAAUACAACCUCUCUGGUUGUACCAUUUCCUGUUAUUUUAAUUGUUUAAAUAUAUUUGUUAUUUUAUUGUUUAUCUGAUCACACUGGUGACUGGAAUGAGGGCAUAAAAUCAGUCAAGCUAAACAAUGUCCAGAUACUAUGUGAAUACAAAACACAUGUUAAUGCCAGGUGUAAACUUGACCUAGGAGCCUCUAUGUCUGCUCACAAAAGCACAAAAAAUUAAAUAUAAGGUUAUACAGGGGUGCUGCUAACUCAAAUCCAUUUAGUGACUUGAAAUACAUUAAUAAUUAGAAGUUUUGAAGUUGCACUUGAAUCUGAAAAAUCAUUAUAUUUCAGACUUUGUUUUUCAUUUGCAGUGUGACAUUUGUCACAAUACAGUAGUGUACAGAUGUGCCUGAAUUUGUUCAUAUAGUGAACUGUGUGAAAUUGAUGUAGCGAUUUUUGAAGGAAUAGAUGAGUGAGUGGUUUUAAACAUUGUAUGUACAUGAAUAUGUGAAACACUUUUGUCUUUUGUUUCAUUUGCCUUAAGUUCAAAACCACUGUGAGAUGCCAUAAUGAACAUGAGCAGAUUUUUUUUCUCACCUCUUUUCAGACAGCUGUUUUUACUUUUUGAAGAAAGUCUCCUGCUGACUCUUAAAUAAUAACUAAGACAUUAUUUGUAGUAUACUGAGCAAAUUGAUCUGAUUUCAUUUGAUUACUUACAAAAAGACAGUGCAGACAGUCUGUCCUAAAAGGUCAUAUUUGAAAAACAAAUUAUAUUUGGGUAAAAUGUGAACAACGUCUAAAAUCAGAUUAUGAGUGCUGAGCAAGCAUCAGUUCUGCUUUUUCUAUACCAGUGAAAGAACUAAUGAAGAGGAAUAUACUCUUUAAGUUCAGGAAGUUAAGCUAUGCAGCUACAAUAAGGAUCAAGUUUUUAACAUUUGCUAAUAUUUAUUCAACAGCUGUUAGACUAGUGUAUGUCUAACUUAAUGUCUUUAAACUUUUUUUUUUUUUUUUUUUUUUUUUUUAACAAAAUUGUCAGAUCAUACAAUGUCUGCUAAAUGACUGACAGUUGUUUUUAUUUUUAUUUUAUUUUUUUAUGUGUUUACAUUUGGGUUUAUUUUGUCCAGUAUAGUGAGACCUUGAUCUUAUCAGUUCUUUGCGUAACCAUUUAUUAUUGUGUGAAACAUUUUAUUGUUGUGUGAAACAUUUUAAAGUUAAAUUAUGUUAAUCAUAUAACAGCAACUAUGUAGUAGAAUGUUGUUGGUGUGUUGAAGUGUGUUAUUUCUUUACCACUAGUGCUACCAAACAGACAGACGUAAUGUUUCUAGAUAGGUUUCUGAAAAAAAUAAAACUUUUUUUUUCUUUUUUUUUUAA